AUGUUCAACACGCUAGUCAGAAACACAUCGCCACUCUUGCGAAAUGCUUAUUCCAUCAACUCAAUAAGAAAAUUGACCUCAGUAACUUUCUUCACCAAAGAUACUUGCAAACUCUGCUCGGAUGCCAAACAAAUACUAGAAUCAAGCUUAAACAACCCCACAGUCGAGAAUGACCAUCUCCAAGUAAAGUACAUCGACAUAAUGGACCCCAACAACCAAGAAUGGUUCGACAAGUACUGCUACGACGUGCCCGUACUACACAUUGAACAACAAGGACAGAAAUUGCAGAAAUUCAUGCACUAUUUCAAUGAAAAGGAGUUGGUGCAUGUGCUAGCAAACUCCAAAUAA